UUUUGGGCUGCUUACGUGCCGUGCGAGUCGCAGCAUCUCAACGCGGUCCAGCUGACUCUGGAGCAGGUGGACCUCAUUAAGAGGCUCAUAGAGAAGUACUCGCAACACAUGCAGUUCGCUGCGUCUUCAACGGAUUUCGACUUCAUUUUUUCAGAGAUUCUGGAUGCUCACGAAAGAGGCAGGAUAGCUUCGCUGAUCGGGGUGGAGGGUGGACAUAGUCUAGGAAGUAGUUUAGCCGUAUUAAGAACACUGUAUCAGUUGGGCGUACGGUAUCUCACACUCACGCACACUUGUAACACACCGUGGGCGAAAAGUUCGUCGGUAGAGGACGAGGACGAGGAUGGAGGCGGUCUAACGGCAUUCGGAAAAGCAGUAGUUCAGGAAAUGAAUAGGCUGGGAAUGUUGAUAGACCUUAGUCAUACAGCGAGGGCAACCAUGAGGGACGCUUUAAGGGCCAGUAAAGCGCCCGUCAUUUUUUCUCAUUCGUCGGCCUUCGCCAUUUGUAAUUCCUCGAGGAACGUUCCCGACGACAUUUUGAAGCAGCUGGCUGCUAACGGCGGACUGGUGAUGGUGACGUUUUAUAAUUACUUCGUGAAAUGUGGCUCUCAGGCAACCGUCUCCGACGUCGCUGAGCAUAUUUACUACAUUAGAAACCUAAUUGGCGUGGACCAUAUUGGUGUCGGUGGCGACUUCGAUGGUAUUAACAAAACACCCAGAGGACUCGAGGAUGUCUCGAAGUAUCCGGAACUGUUCGCCGAACUUCUCCGAAGUGGGAAAUGGAACGUGCACGAUUUGAAGAAAGUUGCCGGCCUGAACCUGCUGAGAGUCCUUCAAAAGGUGGAAAAAGUGAGGGACGACAUGAGAACGGCCGGGAUGACACCAUCAGAAGAAUACCUCGAGGAUUCUCCCGACACAACCGGCAGCUGUGCACUCGAUAUCAACUCCGUGCAGACGGUCAUGGAGAUUUGAUUGUUCUAUCAAUAUCCUCUGUUUCUCGAUGGUGUGUAAAUCACUUCUCUACGAGCACCCUGCCGUCCUAUAUGCUCGACAAAACGGACAGGAUCGCGUCGAAGUCGGGGAAAUCCUAGCAGAACGAGCGAUUCAAGAGGAGAAGAUGCUUCUCGUUGCUUGAUUCUUGCCCGCCUACAAAAUCUGUCCCUUUUUAGAUGCUCAAUCAGGAUAACAUUGAACGAGAGAGAGAGAGAGAGAGA